AAUCAAUGGUUAGAAUAGAAAUACGAAUUGGAAAAUGCUGUCAGGGACUUUGUUCCACAAAGACGUAUCUAUAUAUUCUCUUUUUGAGGAGCUUGCAGAUAAGCUUAAUCAAAAGAAGAUCGAAAAGAGAGAGAGACUCGUGAAAGCCAGUAGAGAUGUAACUUACCAAAGUAAAAAAGCCAUUUAUUUGUUGCACAGGGCAGCUGAUGAAGACCUUUUCUCUAUUUGUUCCAGUGCAAAGGAGCAACUCGAAAAUAUAAGACAACUUAUUUGUAAGUUACUUUUGCCGGAAUUGUCUGCAGAGGAAUAUUUUAGAUUCCACUCUGUUUUUACCAUAGCUUUACAGGAAUACACUGAAGCCAGGCUCUUUCUCUCUUACUUGUCGGAGGGUCGUGCGCUUACUUUGGAUGAAAUAAACGCUGAGAUUUCACAACAGUGGCAGUCACUAUUGGAAAAUUCAGAGGAGGAAGUUAUCGACCUCGUCAUUCAUUUCAUAUCUGUACAAGACUACAUUCUAGGUAUGAUCGAUGUUUCAGGCGAGCUGAUGAGAUACUGUAUCAACUGCUCAUCUCGCAACGAAAGCAAAAAGGCCUUUGAAGUCGAAUCUUUUCUAAGACAGUUGUCGGCAGAGAUAAAGUAUCUUGCAGUGUACAUGUCUCAUUCGAACGACAAUUUGGAAAACAAACUCCAAGCGAUGCGGAUAAAUGUACAAAAGGUAGAAAAUGCCUGCUAUCAACUGUAUGUAAGACAUAUGGAGUUUCAUUCAAAACAAGACGAAUAAACAGUUAGUUGUGAGUACACUU